AUGUUCCAAUAUAUAUUUAAGGAACACGUUGCCACUACAGAAGGUCUAGAGAAGUUGAAUGGUUGCUGCAACUACUGCAGUCUAAGCUCAGGAAGGACAAAUAAAUUCAUUAAACGUUCAUCUAAUACAGAUGAAAUUGGAAUGUUGAAAGAAAAUCAGGAUGAUCAUAAUUCUGAUGACGAAAUUGAGGAAACAAAUGAAAAAAUAAGAAGCACUCUUCGAGUGAUCAGAUACCAACAAUAUGAAAAUAAUAGAGUUGAAGUUGAAGCUGCAAUGAAUGCAGAAAUUGAAUCUGAAAGUACCUGGGACGAACAAGCACCAGGUACACAACAAGUAAAUAAAGAUGAUGAACAUGAAGAAAAUAUUCAAAUUGAAAAUUUGAAAAAGAAAAGAGAACCAUUAAAAAUAUGA